AUGACCAACUGCCCCCCAGCGGUGACGGAGAGCACCCCACGCCGACGCACCAGAAUUCAGGUGUUCUGGACAGCGCCCCCAGCUGGCAGUGGCUGUGUCAUCCUCAAGGCCAGUAUUGUGCAGAAGAGAAUCAUCUAUUUCCAGGACGAAGGCUCCCUGACCGUCCGGCUGUGUGAGAAAGAAGUUGUGUUUGGUGAAGCCACUCAGACUCCUGCUUUGGAGUGUUGUGCCUGUGGAACCGCAAAAUACCGCCUCACUUUCUUCGGAAACUGGUCUGAGAAAGUGCAUCCCAAAGACUAUCCAAGACGCGCCAAUCACUGGUCGGCUUUGAUCGGGGCGUCCCACUCCAGGAGCUAUGUGCUGUGGGAGUAUGGGGGCUACUCCAGUGAGGGGGUCCGGCAGGUGGCAGAGCUGGGGUCACCCAUCAGGAUGGAGGAGGAGAUCCGCCAAAAGGGAGAUGAGGUCCUGACGGUCAUCAAAACUAAAGCCCAGUGGCCGGCCUGGCAGCCCCUGAACCUGAGAGCGGCUCCGUCUGCAGAGUUCUCGGUGGACCGGACUCGCCACCUCAUGUCCUUCCUGACCAUGCUGGGGCCGAGUCCGGACUGGAACGUGGGCCUGUCCGGAGAAGACCUGUGCACCAAGGACUGUGGCUGGGUCCAGCGGCUGGUGACGGACCUCAUCCCGUGGGACGCAGGCACCGACGGAGGCAUCACAUAUGAGUCUCCAAACAAGCCAACGAUUCCCCAGGAGAAGAUCCGGCCCCUGACCAGCCUGGACCACCCUCAGAGCCCCUUUUACGACCCAGAGGGAGGGGCCAUCAAUCCAGUAGCCAAAGUAAUUGUGGAGCGCAUUGCAAGAAAGGGGGAGCAGUGUAAUGUGGUCCCAGACACGAUUGACGAUAUUGUGGCUGAUAUCGGACAAGAGGAGAAAGGAGGAGACGACACCCCGGAGACGUGCAUCUACUCGGGCUGGUCGCCGUGGUCGGCCUGCAGCAGCGCCUCGUGUGAGAAGGGCCGCAGGAUGAGGCAGCGGAUGCUCAAGGCUCAGCUGGACCUCAGCGUGGCCUGUCCCCACACACAGGACUUCCAGCCCUGCAUGGCCCCAGGCUGCAACAUCGAAGAGCCCUCCACCUGCAUGAUGUCUGAGUGGAUCAGCUGGUCGCCCUGCAGCGUGUCCUGUGGGAUGGGCAUGAGGUCCAGGGAGAGAUAUGUCAAACAGUACCCAGAGGACGGCUCCCUGUGCCAGCUCCACACCGAGGAGACGGAUAAGUGCGUGGUCAACGACGAGUGCUCUCCUAGCAGCUGUGUGGUGACGGAGUGGACAGAGUGGGACCCCUGCAGUGUGACGUGUGGCCUGGGCAUGAAGAGGAGGGAGCGCAUGGUCAAGAUGCCGCCCAUCGAUGGCUCCAUGUGUAAGACGGAGGUGGCGGAGGUGGACAAGUGCAUGAUGCCCGAGUGCCAUACUAUCCCGUGCAUGCUGACGCCCUGGUCGGACUGGAGUGAGUGCAGUGUGAGCUGUGGGCGGGGCCUGAGGACCCGUCAGAGGAUGUUGAAGUCUGACCCCACAGAGUGCGCUGAGGAGCUGGAGCAGACUGAGAAGUGCAUGCUGCCAGAGUGUCCCGUCGACUGCAUGGUGUCCGAGUGGUCCGAGUGGUCCGAGUGUAACAAGUCCUGUGGGAAAGGCCACACAAUCCGCACGCGCAUGAUCAAACUGGAGCCUCAGUUUGGGGGCGGCGCCUGCCCGGAGACCAUCCAGCGGAAGAAGUGUAAGGUCCGAAAGUGUCGCCAAAAGGCCAAAGAAGAGAGGGGCGGGGCCGGCAACAGGAGGAGGCGGGGCAAACAGGGCCAGGACACAUCUGUGGAGGAGCAGCCAGGUUGCCGGAUGCAGGGCUGGGGCAGCUGGUCAGACUGUUCGAAACCGUGCGGUGGUGGAAUCCAGGAACGCUUCAACGCAGUGAAGAAACGGCCCAGAGCGGCUCAACCUGCGAACUGCAAAGACCGCAAGGAGAUCCGUGCAUGCAACGUCCACGCCUGCUAG